AAGAGGAGAAGACGACCGCUCCCCCCUCCUCCGCUCCCCCCUACCUAAGUCCAGCUCUCCGGGCGAUGACCGUGUAAAUGCCAGGGCAAUGUCCCGUCGCAAGCAGGGGAACCCGCAGCACUUAUCACAAAGGGAAAUUAUCACGCCAGAGGCUGACCACGUGGACACUGCCAUCAUCACCCAUGAGGAAGAGAGCCUAGCACUAGGAGACCCAGUUGGGCUCAGCAUUGCAGUGGGUGGAACAGACCCUGACCUAUUAACCUGUGGACAGUGUCAGAUGAACUUUCCCCUGGGAGACAUCUUGGUUUUUAUAGAGCACAAGAAGAAACAGUGCCAUGGCGCUGGUGGUGCCUGCUAUGAAAAGAACGUGGAUAAGAGCAGUCCUCCCCCUCCAUCACGCUCCGAGCUCAGGAAAGUGUCAGAGCCAGUGGAAAUCGGGAUCCAAGUCACACCCGAUGAAGAAGACCGUGUUCUCAUGCCUACAAAAGGAAUUUGCCCCAAGCAAGAGAACAUUGCAGGGCCGUCCAGGCCUGCAAAGCUGCCGGCGGCCUCCAUAACUGCCUCCUCCCACCCUCAUGCAUCAGUGAUCGCACCGCCACCUCUCCGUGCUCUAACCUCAGUCCCGCCCUGCCUGAGCCUGCCCUGCUGUGGUGCGCGCGCAGUCUCAGUUGGUGGGUCUCAGAGUGAGACAUCAGGCACAUUUGGAUGUCAUUGUCAGUUGUCAGGUAACAGAAACAUUUUAUUUUUGCUCUCUGAAGAUCAGCUGCCAACGUGA